AUGUUGCAAGAUUACCGUCGGCAAAGAAAAAUCAAGUCAUUGCCAUUGAAGCCGAAAGUUGAUCAAAAUUUGAAACAAUGUGAUAGUAAUUUAUCGGUCAUUACGGAUAUAUCGCUUUUAUCGGUUUCGAAUUCAUCGAUGGAUCAACCGGAUGAAAAUGAAAUCUCUGAUGAUUCGUCGAGUUCUCAAGAAAGUGUUUCGAUUGAAUCCCUUAGCGACGAGGAAGAGCCGAGAGCCAAACAAAAUGAUCUCGAUUCAUACAUAUUUGAUAAACAUUUAAAUCGGAUACCAAGCACCGUUAGUAGAUUAACCGAAACAAAUGCUGAUCAAUCUGUACAGGGGUUGUUGGAGAAGAAGAAAUUCAGAAAAUCCGAUUAUGUUGAGGAUUACGAUCCGUGUUCGAUUCAAGGACCGCCUUAUGCCGAAUACAUUAAACAAUUGAGAGGAGCAAAAAAGGUAAUUAAACCUCAACAACGACAAUCGCCUCUGAUUCCAGUUCGAACAACGCGAUCGGAACAAUUGAAAUUAGCUCGACAGCGAUCUGCUAGUAAUGAUCGAUCGGAUGAAUUCACUCGAAAUUCAUCUGCGAAAUUGUCGCAACACAAUUUAUCAAGUAAUGUACAGAAACAACAACCAUUGACGCCGGCAGUCAACCAUAUAUCUCGCCUACGGACGGAUGGCGAUCAUAAUAAUUUCAGACGUGCCAAGUCAGCUCAAUUAUGUCAAACGGCACUUUGUUCGGGUGGACCAUUGCGCUUUUCCUCACUACUUCUCAAACAAAUACAACAAGAUCUUCAAAACGAAAAAGCGAAAUAUCCACCAAUAACCAGUACCCUUCUUCAUGAGCAUUUGCGUGCACCCCUCACUGAUCGAUACAAAACGAAACGUAUUCGUCGAUGGCUUCAAAAACUCGUUCCAACCGAUUAUCUUGAGCACAAUGAAUAUGCCUCCAAUGAAAGUACCCUCAGUACUAAUUUCACCGAUAGACUAAAUGAGGAAUACGGUAUACUUUCCGACGAUAAAACUGCAAAUAACAGCGAGAGAACACUUGCCGAGGCUCGUCGUGUCCUACCAAUAUUUCGAUCGGAGUUCCAUCGCAAAAUUGAACAGUACAAUCUGUUAUUAGCCCGUUUAAAAUCCGAUUUAUAUAUUAUGUGA